UUCCUCAAGAAAACGGCUGUCCCACGAGUAGAGAGAGCUACAGACACAGUGAAGCGGUCAACUGCUGCAUCCAGGACGUGCUCCGUGGUCAGAUGUGAUUCAUGGCGUCGCAGUGCACUACUGUUUAAGUUACCGGAGGAUCCAGAGAGGAGGCUGGAGUGGGUUCAGUUCAUUUUCGAAGUCAACGGGCAGCGACUGAAAGAGUCAUCCUGGACUGAUAUCACCAUUUGUAAUGAACACUUUACCGGUGACUCUUUUGAAGACACGGGCCAGCUAAAGCUCCGUGCUGUCCCAACACUGUGUGUCAAGUCAGAGCCAGACGAUUCCCCGGAGAGCCCACAGAAUGAGCAGAUUAAAGGGAAGUAUAUUGUGAAUGAAAGCUGCCUCCUCCAGUUGUUCCGCCGCAAGUGCCCGUCGUGUGGCUUUAAACUUCUGAUGGAGAAGGUCACCUCUGGGGUGCUCAUCACCUUCACCCAAACUUGCCUGAAGUGUGACUACAAAAACCAGUGGAAGAACCUUGUCAAUUACGCUCUUCCUACAGCUGUGGAUCAACACCUGACAGGAGGCACAGAAGAAACUCCAGAGAUCAAACAGGAAAUGCCAAUAGACGACAACCCCAGCAGCACAGUGUUCUCUGAAGUUGUUACCUUUAGUGAUGAAGAAAGUGAUCCGUCAGAUGAAGGAGAGGAAGGUGAUGACGGUGGGGUGAAUUCCGACGGGGAUUGGAAUCCAACCGAGGAUAUUUUGCUGGAGGAAGAGCUCACAAAGCAUUCUGAAGAGGAAAGUGAAGAUGAAGAUGAAGACCAAAGAGGAGAGGAAGAAGAGUUUGAUUCCCCAGGUGGCCUCAAAAUUAAAGAGCUCUGCACAGAAUGUGGAAGUUUCUUCAAUAUUCUGAAGCCUCACACUUGUGAGUACAAAAUAAAGCCCUUUUCCUGCAAUAUCUGCGGCAAAAGAUGUGUUACCGAGACAUCUCUGAAAAAUCAUAGCAAAAUCCAUGACGAAACCUAUGAGCAUCCUUGCAAAUACUGCCACGUUACCUUCAAAACGAGGGUGGACAAACUUAAACAUGAGCAGAUCCAUCAAGAUUGCAAAGAACCAUAUAAAUGUCCCGACUGCCCAAAGACAUUUGCCAGCAGUAAAGAACGCAAAGCCCACCUGGCGAAUCACAGAAGGGCCCCGAAGGAGUACAAAUGUGGAGUUUGUGGGAUUGAAUUUAAGGAUGUUCAUCAUCUGCGGAGACAUUCUAUCGUGCACACGGAAUUGAAACCCUACAAGUGCGCAGUGUGUCACCGUGGCUUCAACCAGUCAAGCCACCUGAAAUCUCACAUGCGUCUGCACACAGGGGAGAGGCCUUUUAAGUGUAAGCAUUGUGAGAAAAGCUUCAAUCACAACGUGAGCUUGAAGAGUCAUGUCCAGCGUUACCACUCAUCGACUUCUGGACAUGAACAGAAGAAGGUUAAGAUGGAAGAAGGGACCAGCGACACUGGAGAUGCAGAGGACAGUGGGAUUAAGAAAGGCACAGACUCUGAGUUUGACAAUGCAGAAGAAGAUGCAGGAGGGGAGGUGCAGAAGGAGGUAACAGAAGAGCGCAAAAGUAAAAAGAGGACCACAGGCAGACCCAGAGGAAGGCCGAAGAGGGACGCAGCAGGCAACUUGAUUCCGGCAGGGGAAACAGAAGGCUCACGUUCAAACACUAAGACUGCAAAAUCAAAGGUGCGUAAGUUAAAGAAAACAGGUUCCAGCGAUGAGGAAAGUGAAGACGAACAAUCAGACAGUGACAUAUCCUAUGACUCACCAGAAGAGGAGGAGGAGGAAGAAGAAGAGGAGGAGGAGACAGUGAAGAAGAGCACAGGGAAAUCAAGAGGAAGACCAAAAAAUGACAGUGACUCUGAUUUUGACCCAGAAGAAGUAACAAAGAAAAAGAGGUACAGCAGCCAGAGCAGCGGUAAGACCUCAGGGAAACGUAGGGGAAGGCCAAAGAAGAAUCCAGAGGUCUGAAAAUGCUUAAAACACACAGCUGAAUAAUUUGUUUUGAGAAAAAGAAAGAAGCUGCAGAAAACUGGACUGAUACCUCUCAAAGAUAUGGUAAAACAAUUUGGAAUAUGAGAAACAAAACGUUCACACAGGCCAACGUCUUUCUGAGGCCCUGCCUACACAUAUACAGAUAUUUUUAAAAGCUGAUAUUUUCCCCCGUUUUAAAAAGAAUCUGUCCAUACGACUUUUAUUGUACAAAAUAUCUUCAUACACACUAGAAAACAAAAGCACCUCCAGAUGAUCAUUGGUGUUAGCCUUCUCCCACAUUCUCCUGUUGUUGCAAAUGCAGUAAUAUUAACAGGCUAAUGUUAAAUUUUUCAAAACUCUGACUGGAGAUCUCAUCACCAUUUAGUCCCUUUUAACAUAAGGAUAAAGGAGCUCACUUAAAAAUACGAGUAAUGCUCUUGACAAUCGAAAGUUUUCUUUCCACUCCUCAUCAACAACAAUCCCACUCUCAAAACUGUCCCACUGUCUGCUGGUUUGCAACUUUAUACUGCAGCUGUUGAGGUGGACCACAUCACAUUGGCCACCACAGACACCUCUGUUCAUCUGUAAAGUGGUGAAGCAAUACUCAUCUAAGUGUAAAGUAGUCAUUGGACCAAGCAGUGCUAACAGAACAUAAACUAACAUGUUCAUUACACAAAGCAGCAGUGGGUAUGCACAGUUUGAGUAGUGGACGACCCACUCUUCUUCUGAGCCUCAGUCGCCCCCAGAGUCAUUUUAGUGACCUAUGACUCUGUUCACAUGUGGACGAGAGGCCAAAACGUAGAGGAAAAUAUACAUGUUCAAAAAUAUCUGUGUAUUUGUUGACAGGGCCUGAAUUAAAUCAUCUUCUACUGUGCAGUAUUGGAGGGUCAGUCAGUGAAUCAAGUGAAAAAAUCAGAUAUUUGUAUUCAGUUCGAGUGCAUUAUAUUAAAAAAAAAAAAAAAAAAAAAAAA